AUGAGUGCUUUCAUCACUCGCCUCCCAUUCCGAAGACAAGGAUCGAGCGAUGUCAGCGACACUGCCAGCGAUGUCAAACCGCCAUCCCUCCGAAGCGACGACGAAAAAUCAGCGCCGACGGCUGAUCGUGCCAUCCUCGACAAGACCGACAAGGCCGAGGUCGACGCCCCAGAAGCCGCCGUAUCCCAGCUGGACGCGCACAAUUUGCUUGCCAAUGGUAAAGAGGUGCGUACAAUUGCCGAGAAGUGCUGGAGUAAUCCCAGCCGCCAGGGGCUGAGCGUCGCCUUCGAGCGACCGAACUCCACGCACUUGAGGAUGCAUGAGCAUCUCAAAGGUGUCUGUUCACCUCACAUGAAUUUUAAUCCUGACCCCGCUGUUUCACGUUACCUGCCUCUCUCACAGCGGCCGAUCGAGACUGCUGAAGACAUCGCGACUCGGUGAGUAGACGCUCGGACCCCUUGAAAGUGGACCGCUCCGUUACUACCUUGUCCUAACACAUGUUUAUUUCUCAUAGAUGCAUCUCUCUUGAUGAUGACCAGAGUCUGGUUGUGCACACGAUUCGAAUGUGGACCAUCGGACUCGGAUUGACCUGCUUCGCCGCUGUGCUAGGGCAGAUCUUCUACUUCAGGCCUCAGGUGUGCUAAGUCUCGAUACGACCAGUCUCAGGCAAAUGCACGGCAACUGACGCCUUGAUGACGCGACACACGCACCAACAGACCAUCUUUGUAUCUCAACUUUUCUUGCAAGUGAUUGCGUAUGUCAUGGGCAAGGCAUGGGCAUCAGUUCUGCCCAAGGCAGACAGGGGUCGAUUCUGGGCGAUCCUCAAUCCGUGCGACUUCAACAUCAAGGAGCACGUCGCCAUCCUCAUCAUGAGUUCGACCGCCACCGACUCGGCGCUCGCAAUAUCCGUCUUUGCCGCCGAAGAACUCUUCUACGAUGUUCAUCCGAGUUACGGCGUGGCCAUCUUCACACUCCUCGGGUCGCAAUUGUUCGGCUACGGCAUCGCUGGCUUGAUGCGAUCCUUCACUGUUUUCCCGACUUAUAUUGUCUUCCCCAACCUCAUCCCGACGGUGUCUCUUUUCGACGCUUUCCACCGCGAUGUACGUUCCAAUGCAUACCAUAGAGCACAACGUACAGCUGGCUGACCAAAGAUCCCUGCGCUGUUGACCUGCCAACAGACCAACGGCCCCGCUCAAAAGAAACGCCUGCGCUUCUUUUGGACCGCUUUCGCCAUCAUUUUCUGCUGGGAAUGGAUUCCCGAGUUCGUCGCGCCUACCCUUACGGGUGUCUCCAUCUUCUGUCUCGCCAACCGUAACUCGGCUUGGUUCACCCGCAUCUUCGGUGGUUCCAACGGUAACGAAGGUCUCGGCAUGUUCUCCCUCUGCUUCGACUGGAACUACGUCGGAUCCGGAGGCGGUUCCCUCGGUGCCCUAUUCACCCCCUUCAGCACUCGUGAGUGCCCUCGUCACGUGUCCAUCUGUUGAGCUCGAGUGGCUGAAUUCGAACUCUCAAUCUUUUCCCCGAUCUCGAAUCACCCAGAGGUCUCGCAAUAUAUCGGAGUCGCGAUUUGCUGCAUCACGUUCUCCGUCGCUUAUGCGACCAAUCUCUGGAACGCCAAGAACUUUCCGUUUUUGUCGCAACAGCUAUUCUACGAAAAUGGAACGCAAUACAAUCAGCUCGCCAUUCUCAACAAGGAUUACUCUCUGAACCAGACGAAGCUCGACAUCGAGGGCGUUCCUUGGUAUGCCACAUCGAACGCUCUCUAUUACGUCGGGGCGAACCUCUCCAUCGGGGCUAGUCUCACCCAUGUCGCCGUGUGGUAUCUCCCGUCGAUUACCAAGGCUUUCAAGGAGUACCGCAGUCAAUCUCAGCCGGAUCCCCACUACCAAAAGAUGAUGACGUACCGCGAGGUGCCGAUGUGGUGGUAUCUCUUGACACUCGGUGCUUCGUUCGCCAUGUCAAUGGCCAGCUGCUACGCCGGCCACGCGCAACUGCCGUGGUGGGCUUUGAUCAUCGCUUUCCUCCUCGCGGCCGCAGUCUUCCCGCCGGUCCUCAUCGUCUACGCUGUCACUGGAUUCAACACCGACGUUCAGCAGCUCGCUCAGAUGCUCGGUGCCGCGAUCGUCUCCGGUAACUCGCGAGCCAACCUCUACUUUACCCUCUACGGCUCCAACUCGGUCUCGCAAGCUCGUGGCCUGACCCGUGAUCUCAAGCUCGGCCAGUACACCAAGUUGCCCCCUAUCUCGACCUUCGUCUGCCAGGUCGUCGGUGCCAUUCUUCAGCUCGUCGUGAUGAAGUCCAUUAUCAACUCGCAACGUGCUGUGCUGCUCUCGGUCCAAGGCACGAACAUCUGGUCGGGCCAACAGGUUCAGUCGUACAACUCGCAAGCCGUCGCAUGGGGAGCUCUCGCCAAAUCAAUGUAUGCCCCUGGUCGCCCCUACUUCAUCAUUCCUGUCUCGAUCGUCAUCGGCCUCUUCGUACCCCUUCCGUUCUGGGUCGGCCACAAGUUCUUCCCCAAGCUCAAGUUGGACCAACUCGGUGAGCACCAAUUGAUCUUGCUUUCUCCCUCUCAUAAUGACGGGCACUAACCUUGCCACAAUAUGUCCCCGAGCAGUGACACCCAUCAUGUGCUGGUCGAUCGGUCUUCUCAGCGUUGGUAUCAACUCCGCCGUCUUUGGCACCAUGUUGAUCGCGCUUUUCUCGCAAUACUACCUCCGUCGCUACCGAGCUACCUGGUUCCGCAAGUACAAUUACCUCCUCUCCGCUGGCUUGGACGGAGGAACGCAAUUCAUGGUCUUUAUCGCGACGUUCGCCUUAUUCGGUGGAUCUGGGAAAGCGGUGACGAUGCCGACUUGGGCUUUGAAUCCGGAUAGUUCUCGGUACAACUUUGGUGAGUGCAAGGCGAGUGCGACCGACAAGUUCCAUUCAAUCGACUGA